AUAACUUUAUCUCUUUGUUUGUUUUAUUAGAUAUCUUGUUCAAUAUUAGGGUAAUAAACGUGUCCAAAGUUUCAAAAUGGAAGAUAUAUUUAAGCAUAUUCAGCCAGUGGAAUAUUAUAAGUCAUUCUUGAAAGAAAAUAUCAGACCUGACACAAGAACUCUACAACAAAUCAGGAAAACAACAUUAAAUGUGGGUCCCAUAACUACAGCCGAUGGUUCAGCUUUAGUAAAGAUAGGAAAUACAAUGGUGAUGUGUGGGGUGAAGGCUGAACUUACACAACCAACAGCAGAAGAACCUAAGAAAGGAAUAAUAGUCCCCAACCUUGACCUACCAGCAUUAUGUUCCUCCAAAUUCAAACCAGGUCCCCCCAAUACUCAAGCUCAAGUUGGUACAAAGUUUCUUGACAACUUGAUCAAAAUAGCAAAUCUUGUGAACUCUGAAGACCUUUGUAUUGUACCCGAUAAGCUUGUAUGGGUGUUAUACUGUGAUGUUACUUGUUUAAACUAUGAUGGUUGUGUUAUUGAUGCUGCUGUUGUAGCGUUAGUAGCAGCUCUUCGAAGUGUCUCUCUUCCAUCUGUGACAUUAAACGAAGAGACAGACACACCGGUUACAAAUAUCAAUGAGAAAACUCCGUUAACAAUCAACUGUUUACCUGUUGCUUCUUCAUUUUCAUUCUUUGAAAGUGAACACAUCAUUACUGACCCCACAUUGUCAGAAGAAGAUAUUACAUCUGGAUGUUUAACUGUUGUAUCAGAUGAACAUGAAAAUUUACUUUUGGUAGAUAGACCAGGUGGUGUGUCGAUAACCGAAGAUCAGCUGGAGAUUUGUAUUCAACGUUCAUUCAAACGAACAAAAGAAGUUCAUAAACUUUAUAAAGCUGUGCAUAAACCAAGUGAAUCAAAUGACCAGACUUAACUUAUGAGCUGAUAUAAAACACUGGAAUGGAAUCAACCCAUUUAACUUGAGAAUGGUGUAGAUAAAGGAGAAGAUUUAAAGAAAAGAAACACAAAAAGGGCAAGAGUUAACUGAACAGUUCAAUACAUAAACUUGUAUAGUUUUGUUCCCUGAGCAAAAUUUUACUGCAUUCUCAUUAUCUUGGGCAUUUUGCGCAAUCUAUCUUAUUUUCCUUCUCACUUAUGCAUUCAUUUUCUUGACAUUAUGCUGCCUUUAAUACUGUCUCAGCCAUUUUUAAACUUU